UGGGGUGGCAGGAGGCCAGGCUGUGGGGCAGUCAGGCCAGAACAGGUUCUGUUUCCUGAACGCGCUAAGUCUGAGGCUGUGGGACUGACAUAUAAACCCCUUCCCGAGUGCCUGGCGCUUUGUUCCCUCCUGGGUCUCUGCCACCCCAUCUGGUCCAAGAUGUCCAGUCCCCUGGAGCAGGUGCUGGAGGUGAUGGUCGCUACCUUCCACAAGUACUCUGGCCAAGAGGGAGACAAGUUCAAGCUGAGUAAAGGGGAGAUGAAGGAACUUCUGCAGAAGGAGCUGCCUAGCUUCGUAGGGGAGAAGGUGGAUGAGGAGGGGCUGAAGAAGCUGAUGGGCAACCUCGAUGAGAACAGCGACCAGCAGGUGGACUUCCAGGAGUAUGCUGUUUUCUUGGCCCUCAUUUCCAUCAUGUGCAAUGACUUCUUCCAGGGCUACCCAGACCGGCCCUGAGGACGAACUCAGGACUUGGGCCACCAAUCUCUUGGGUUCAGGAGGACUCUCUAUCCCUUUUAAUUUUGUACUCAAUAAAGAUUUUUAUUUGUUGAUAAUACUCUCAUUGCUCAGUGCUGCCCGGUCACUUGGCUGGUUCAGUUAAAGUGCUGGGAACUGGGGGCUUCCUAUCCCACCCCGUUCCGCACCUUGACUCUCCAGGUCAGAGCUGUGCCUUCGGCCCUCGUUUUGAGAUUUCAGACACCAAUAAAAAUCUGGGAAUCAAAA